AUGUCCGUCAAUGACCGUCGCGUCAGCUCCAUGAGCGCUUCACGACCCCGCGUUGUCUCCAAUCGCGUUGAUGCCGGGGAGUCGCAUCAACCCGAUAACGUGGACCCAUUGCGCACGAGCACCUCCAGCCAGAAACACAGGAUGUCCCGAGAUCAGAAGACCAUGUCCGAGAAGCGCUCGGAGCGCAUGGUGGUGACAACAAGGGAGAAAGCAGUGCGGAGGAACCCUGUCAAGGAAUCCACCGGUGCGGCCAAUCGAGGGGAUUGGGAUAGGAUAAAGCCAAAGAAGAUGGCAGAUGGCGCAAGUCCAAAUGCGCGACGAGCGGAGAAAGAUACGAGCAAUGCACCAUGGGACCCGCAAGCCUCUUUAAUUCCUCACUCGACCGCGCCGUUAGCUUCUCGUGUAUCUGUUCCUCCACUGGCAUCGGCUUGUCCGCAGUCACUUCAUCCCCGACCUCUUCGGGAGCUCUCGUCGGACGCCCAAGAGGCCGCGAUAUUGGAGGAUCUGCUGUUUGUGUUCAUGGGUUUCGAAGGGCAAUACAUCCAUUACCAAGGCUCAUAUGAUCCGUCUGUUGAGAAGGACCGCCUGAUGGGUCCUGUCUUCCAAUUGGCGCCCGGUCUGGAUCCCACCCUACGCGACCUCACGCAGUCAAUGUUGAAGAUGGCCACACAUUACAGUGCCAUGGAGGCAUUUGUGGAAAUCCAAAGCCGCGCCGAGUAUGGAGCUGUCAGCCAUUCGCUAUGCGCAUCAAUUCGAAAACUCCUUAAAGACUACCUGAUCCUCAUCGCGCAGCUGGAAGGCCAGCUGCUGAACAACCCUACCUUUACCUUACACCUCCUCCACCUCCACACGAUGCCAACAGGGCAAUGUCUAGCUCAGCUAUACUCUUUGGGUCAAGAACUCCUCCGACGCAAUGGGCUUCUGGACCAAGAUCUGGAUGAAUCGAUUGACGACUUUGACGACGUCGACAAUAUUCUGGAACAACUGAAAGAAGGGGGCGACUUGGUCCCAGGAGCCAUGGCGAGCAAGAAAAUCUGCAAAGGCGGUAAUGUGCUGCGGUUAUUGACUGAGCGCCUGGCCACGUUCUCGGGCGACCCGACAACGAAGACGCUGCUCCAGACGCUGCUCCGUGACGCCAGCCGCCCCUAUAUGACGAUGCUGAACGAGUGGCUCCAUCACGGAGGUAUUAAAGACCCUCACGCGGAGUUCCUGGUGAAAGAGCAGAAAUGGAUUAAACGGGAGAAACUCGAAGAAGAUUACACGGAUGAAUACUGGGAGAAGCGUUACACAAUCCGCGACAACGAGGUUCCUCCACAGCUGGACAGUGUGCGAGACAAGGUCUUGCUGGCAGGGAAGUAUCUUAAUGUGGUGCGAGAAUGCGGCGGUGUCGAUGUCAGCAAAGCCGUCAAAGAUGUCCCAAAAACGCUCGACGACCCCAGGUUCUUGGACAACGUCAAUGGGGCCUACACAUAUGCAAACGCGUCUUUGUUGAACCUCCUUCUGACCAAGAACUCGCUCACGACUCGAUUCCGCUCUCUAAAACACUAUUUCUUUCUCGACCGCUCGGAUUUCUUCUCCUACUUUCUUGAGCUGAGCGCAUCAGAGCUGCGAAAGCCAGCACGGGUGGUCAACGAAGGGAAGCUCCAGUCAUUAUUGGAUCUUGUGCUGCGGCAGCCAGGUAGCAUUGCAGCGCAGGAUCCAUUUAAAGAAGAUGUCAAAGUGCGGAUGAACAAGAUCGGACUCACGAAAUGGCUGAUGCAAGUCGUGAGUGUCUCUGGUAUUGAUCAAGAUCACCCAGAAGCGGCGUUUGAAAAGCAACAGACGUCUGCCACACAGGCCGCCGACGAUGAGAAAGACAUUGUGGGAUUUGAUGCGCUCGAGCUGGACUACUCGGUACCGUUCCCGCUGUCGCUGGUGAUCAGCCGCAAGACUGUACUUCGUUAUCAACUCAUUUUCCGACAUCUUCUGUCACUGCGCCACCUCGAGACGCUGCUGGUCACGUCUUGGGCGGAUCAGAACAAGGUGACUAGUUGGCGGCACAAGUCUUCUGACCGACGACUGGAAAUAUGGAAACGGCGCGCAUGGAACCUGCGCGCUAAGAUGCUUGUGUUUGUGCAGCAGCUUCUGUAUUUCUGCACGGCAGAGGUGAUCGAGCCCAACUGGCUUGGUCUGAUGGACCGGGUCAAUGGGGCCGAUGCCAAUGGGUCGGAAGUGACCGUAAAUGGCACUAAGCAGGUGAAUCGGACGGUCGACGAGCUGAUGCAGGACCAUGUGGAUUUCUUGGAUACGUGUCUCAAGGAGUGCAUGCUUACUCAGGCCAAGCUGUUGAAGAUCCAUUCCAAGUUAAUGAUUUGCUGCACCAUGUUUGCAUCAUGGACGGCCGCUUCUCUCUCCCGGACAUUGUCCUCAGCCGACCCCGACCUCUCGGGAGGCAAGGCGCCAGGCGCCGAUGCCAGAGGGUAUGAUCCAUCGCGGAUCGGCAAGCUCGAGGACACACUCAAGCGCUACGAGGACCAUUUCAACCGGCACCUGCGGAUCUUGAUGGACAGUUUGAACUACUUUGCCGCAACUGAAAGUGUGGUACUCCUGAAGCUGGCACACUCAUUGAGCUCGAUCAGCAAAGAGGACUGA